AUGCUCACCGACCAGCCGGGGCUGUCCAGCCGCGUGGCGAGGGAAGCUCCAGCUUUGGUUGACACCAGCCGGAUUGUUCACAUCCACUCCGUGAUCAUCCUGCGUCGCUCUGAUAAGAGGAAAGACCGUGUGGAGAUUUCUCCAGAGCAGCUUUCAGCUGCUUCCACGGAAGCAGAGAGAUUGGCUGAGAUGACAGGACGCCCCAUGAGGGUGGUGGGCUGGUAUCACUCCCACCCUCACAUCACUGUCUGGCCCUCACAUGUUGAUGUCCGCACACAAGCCAUGUAUCAGAUGAUGGACCAAGGUUUUGUUGGGCUCAUCUUCUCCUGCUUCAUUGAGGACAAAAACACAAAGACAGGCAGGAUUCUCUACACCUGUUUCCAGUCCAUUCAGGCCCAGAAGAGCUCAGAGUAUGAGAGGAUUGAAAUUCCUAUUCAUGUUGUCCCCCAUGAAACCAUUGGGAAAGUGUGUCUAGAGUCAGCUGUAGAGCUGCCCAAGAUCCUUUGCCAAGAAGAGCAAGAUGCCUACAGGAGAAUUCACAGCCUCACCCAUCUUGACUCCGUCACCAAGAUCCAUAAUGGCUCAGUGUUCACAAAGAACCUCUGCAGCCAGAUGUCUGCCAUCAGUGGGCCACUGCUCCAGUGGCUGGAAGACAGACUGGAGCAGAACAAGCAGAGAGUGCAGGAGCUGCAGCAGGAGAAGGAGCAGCUUCUGGAGGAACUGGCUGCUUUAGAGUGAAGGAGGAAAUGCAGACCCUUCAGAAAAGACAUGAAAAAACCCCCUCCACAAGACCUCCUGGCUGAAGGGUGGCCCCACAUUGCCUUACAGUGCAGAUACCAGCUGUGCCUCUUCUCCUGUCCCAUGCAGCAAGGAGCACUUCCACAGGAGAAGGGUUGAUCUGCCUCAGCUGGAUGGGAAGCAGUGGCCUCUCUCCAGGUGUUGCAUGAUGCAGUGCACUUCUAGCUCAGU